AAAUGGAUCCGAACAAAAUUUUUAGUCAAGAUUCAGCGUUUUUGCAGCAGUAUCAAGCUGACCUCAACAAACAAGCGUCACAUGAAAAUGUUGCUCAGCGAUCCCACAGUCAUAUUAGUCUUCUUACUGGGAAACCAUCUCAGUUGAUAAAUACCACAGCUGGAACAUCUUUAUUGAAGACCUCUCAUGCUGGUCCUAUGAUGAGUGGAUCAGGGACCAGUACAAGUAAUCCGCAUGUCACACAAGUCAUUAAAGGACCCCAUGGAAUGAUUUUGAAGAAUGUUCAAGCUGGCAGAGUUGUUGUGGGAACAAAACCAGCAGUUGUAACCAGAACUGUGCCAGUGAAUCCAUAUCUGAAGCGAUGGAAAAGACUCAAAAAAGUCAUCAAAGAUUUAAUGUUUGUCAAUGCUUCAAUCUGUGACGAAGUGGUCCAUGUUGAGGAAAAGAUUGCUAAAGCUAAAGAAGAAAGGAGGUUUCUGUUAAGAAAACUCCUUCACUACGAAUCCCUGAAAGAUGGAUUACCUGCCCCUGGUAAAGUAUCACCAGGUGGCAGUAGUAGUAAGUCUAUGAUAUCUGUUGCUGAGGGUAAUCCAGAACCAUCAAUCAUCAAGAGCAAGUCCAAAAAGAAGUCUUCUGGUGGGACAGACAAACGGAAAUCAGCAACAGCAGUGCCCACAGUAGCCAAAGAAAUAUUGGAAACAAUGCAGACAAAGCCCAAGAAGUCCAAGUCACAAGUGACCAAGCGUGUAGUGCCUCCAUUACAGUUAGACUCCAUGGGCAGACCCAUCUUUCCCCUCAUAAUGGGGGAUCUGACUCUGCAUAGUUUAGGGGAGAUUGUGGUAGACAGACCUAGUUUCCACAAUGUCCAGUGUAUAUUUCCAGAAGGUUUCUGUACAACAAGGUACUAUGCCUCCACUGUGUUUCCAGACAAAAAGUGCCUGUAUACCUGUAAAAUCUCCAGCAGUGUACAGGGGCCUCUGUUUGAAAUAGAUGCUGAUGAUGAUGAAGAUCUGGUAUUAAGCAGCCAUUCUAUUGGAGAAUGUCACAAUCAGCUGAUCAACAUGAUUAAUAGGUCAAGAGGUAUGGAGAUACUUGAACCCUCAGGAAGGGGUGCAGAUUUCUUUGGGCUGACCCACCCAGUGGUACAGAAUCUCAUUCAGAGCUCCCCUGGGGCCAAACGUUGCAGUAAUUACAAGUGGGUCAAGUUUGAGAUAAGUAAAACAGACACCAAUGAGAGUGUUGGUACAGAGAUGUUGCAGGAUCCCACAAUAGGAUAUGAUGCAUUCAGAGUUGCACUUAUUAAAGGUGGAAUCAAGCAUCAGAUGCCAUUUGAGUCUUCUGGAAGCCUGCGAUCACUGCUGACAACAAAGCCAUCCACAAAAACUUGAAAAUUGAUCAUUACAAAACUAUACAUGUACAUUAAAUGAAAUAAUAUUUCAGUAGCAAAAUUAUUUGUUUCAUAAAAAACAUCAUCAUGACUUAAUUCACUUCUGUUUAAGUGCUGCAUGCAUGAGAGUUGAUGGUUUGAAUUGAUGACAAUUAUGUGCAUAAUCUAAGUGUUUAGUGGUAAGAUCUAAGAAUAAAUAAAUAUUUUCUAUACAAUG